CACCGGGAGAAGCUCUUAAAGCAAAUGAGGAUUUUAUGGGAAAAAAUUCAAGAAAAUCAGAGAAAUCUAAGUGAGGAGGAAAAAACAAGCAUGCUCUGGAGUGCCUAUGCCCUUCUUCGUGCACAGAUGAUCAGGGUUGAGUAUAUGAAGGUGCAUCCAGUUCUCCAUAAGGAAGAAAAACAACAUUUAGAGAGACUGGGCAAGGAACACGAAGAGAUAUUUCCACAACUCCAGAGAAGUUGCAUCAACAUGCAUCAAAAGAAGAAGCACUUGAAAGAAAUGUAUCGGGAACUAAUGGAAAUGUGUCAUAAACCAGAUGUGGAGCUGCUCCAGGAUUUGGGAGACAUCAUGGCAAGGAGCGAGUCCGUGCUGCUGCACAUGCCCCAGCCUGUGAAUCCAGAGUUAACUGCAGGGCCCAUCACUGGACUGGUGCACAGGCUCAACCGCUUCCGAGUGGAAAUUUCCUUCAAUUAUGAAGUAAGCAAUCACAAUAUCAGCCUGUUUGAGGAUGUGAGAAGUUGGAUGUUUAGACCUGAACGGGAAGGUGGAUCUGUGAAUUCUGACAGACCUGACUAUUUUGCUGCAUGGGGAGCCCAGGGCUUCUCCUCUGGGAAACACUAUUGGGAGCUGGAUGUGGACGACUCUUGGGACUGGGCUCUGGGUGUCUGUAAGGACUCCCAGAUAAGGAAUAAUGGCACCAUGAUUACAUCUGUGGACAUAUUUCUUCUUUUAUGCUUUUUGCACACACCAAACCCAAAAGGCUGGAAAGCACGGAGCAGCUAUAGCACACUUCAGGAGAAUGCCACAGUUCAUACCCGUGAUGCUGCCACUUCUAGCAGCCAGGAGGAAAUCCCCUCUUCACAUUAG